AUGCAGACCACGCAACAAUUCGAUAUGCAGCUUGCCUUGGAGCCUCUCAAUCAGAAAGUCACAGCAAAGAUCCGCAGUUUGUACGACUGCCAGCUUCGGUUGAUGCACAACAUUCAACCUCUGCCGUCGGGUAUCGACAUCGCCAACACCGUUAAAUACUUCUCGCAGACACUUCUCAGCGUACUGAAAGAUGUACCGAAAUCUCCAUUAGAAAUGAUGAGAGAUGCUGACAACGAUGCUGAACGUAUGGGCCUCUACCCCAACCUUGAUUACAAAGGGCUCUUCAACGCGUUGUCGCAACUCGUCGACUCUGCUCCACAUUUGCAAUAUGGCAUACAAGCCUUCGGACAAGCCGUUCUGCAAUGCCUGGGUUGUCUGAUGCCGUUCCUCGAGUACGAUAUGAUCGAUAACCUGCCGUAUUUGGUGGCAUAUUGUGUUGCUAUGUUCCCGGCCAAUUUACAUCAGGACAUACUUCAUCUACUCUGCUACUAUAUACUGCCAUUCACCAUCACUCGUCGAUAUGCAAGUAUGGAAGAGGAGAGUGAAGCUUCACAAUCAGUCGGUGCGGUUAUCAUGAUGGUAUUCCAACAUUCGACUAAUCCAGCACAUCACUGCCAACUGCUUGAGUGCCUGAUGUCAAUGAAGCAAUCCGUUGUGAAGGAUGUACUGUGUGUUAUCGCGUACGGCACAUGUGGAGCACGCUUAUCUGCCGCCAAGCUGCUCUUCUACUAUUGGCCCCCCUUCGAUGCCAAACUCUUCGACAGAAAGGGGCUGCUCUAUGACCUGGUUCCAUUCUUCUGUCAGCGUGACAUGUGUCCCAACGCAGGUUCUGCUGAAGCAGCGAAGGUUUGCUACGACCACUGCAUCAGCGUCACCUUUGCUUCAGAUACGCCACCACCCCUCUACUUGUGUAUAGAAUGUGCUAACGAAAUACACAGAACUGCAGAUCAACUGAUAAAGCGGCGUAUUCAAUUUGCUUUUCAAACGAAUGCGCAAGUUACAAUGGGAAUCAUCCCAUCAGAUGAAGGAACAAUUUUUGUGGGUAGAUACUGUCAGCAAUGUCACGGAAACCGGCACAAUAGCCGGCGUGGUGGGGACCACGUGCUUCACACGCGCUUGCCUCCCGCUUGGCAGAUGGACAGUGACAUGCAGACCAACCUGGUUGAGGCGAUUAUUAGUCUCCUGAAAGAAGCAAAACCUAUAAACAUGGAAGAUCCUGACAGCUCAGCGGAGCUGAAUAAGUCUCCUUUGAGUGUCAAAUUGCCUGAUCCUAUUUCUGUGGAGGACCGUCAACUACUCGGCAGAUACGGCGUAUGGUUGAUGGUGGGAGAGAUAGCGAACACAGUGGAAAAGCUCAAGUGGGAGCAUGUAUGUGCUUGGGUGCGUUCCCUUGCUGAAACACGAAGACGUGUCCUCGUGUCGUGUCUUCUGCCCCAUCCGCCCCACCACACAAGACAAGCGGGGCAUUGGGACACACUUGCGUCGCGCGCUCACCAUCUACGAGACGGGCUUAAUAGGCUAUAUUGCUUGAUACCAUACGGGAUCAUCACACAAUCCAUCUGGGAUCAAAUAAUGCCAGCAUGGAUGGAGGCAAUAUGCACUGAUGUACCAGAAAAGGAGUUGAUGGAACUAAAAGUCCCGGUCGCAAAAAUACUGGAGCCAGACGGCACCGCGGUAGGCGGCGAUGAAAUAAACUUGUACAACUUUGCAACACUCAAAGUCACCGAUAAGCCACGCCCAGAUACUGUGUUGCCAGUACUUGAAUGGUUUCAAACAAUCUCUUUGCUAGAUGUGAAGAUACCGCUGACAAAUCUAUUCGAAUUGUUUAGCCACUGCGUCAUCAACUUGCCCGAAAAAAUAUUUAAACCACAACCAGAGUGUACGAAGCCAAAAGAAGAAUCGACUGAGUCUCCUCCCGAUGACAAAGAUGAUGACCAGAUGAAACCCCAAAACUUAACCUGCUGUAUUCUCAUGUUGGAUAUUCUACUUAAACAGAUGGAGUUGCAGCAUCACAGAAUGAAUAUACAGAACGUAAGCAGCGAAGCCACGAAGCUGUUGCGUCUUAUGCUUAAAUCCAACCAGCUGAACACGAUCGAGCACUCUGUCUGUAUGUGGGGAGUAUCGUGCUCGUACUGCAGUGCGGCUUCAUUGUGCCACCAGUUAGCCGUGCAGCUCGUGCGCACUUUGCUGCCCGAUCAGCCACAUGCGUAUGCGCACACCAUACCUGGACUCGAGCCGGUAACUGAAGAGUCCUGGUCAGAGAAGAGAUCUGCUGAGGAUGAUUCGCGUCGGCAUCCUGCUGCAGCUGCUCCCGCGCAACAUCCCGCGGAGCGCUCCUCCCUCGGCGGAGUCCUGUCUCAAAUGCCGCAUAUAAUGACAGCGACAGUGGAAACCAUAACUGAACAGCUGGAUAUGGCUGUGUCCUUACCACCUGCCGAACAGCCGCCUGCGGCUAUCGCGCACUCUGUGACACUCACGGACACAGAUGUCGCAACUGCAACUGCGAACGUGUCGACGCCAAAUCUUUUAGGCGAGCACGAAACAGAGUCUGUGGACGAUGACAUCACGAACUUUUGGCCGACAUCAGCUGGACGGUUCCACUUCUGCAUUGAAGAGUUGCCACAGGAGUUGCAGUACAUACAUCAAUUGUUACAAGAGUUGAAGAACACAACAAGGCCCGAUGUCCUCUACUAUCUCCUGCAAUGCCUUCAAGUACUUGUUCUAAACACAGAUGCAUUGGCUGAACAUAAGGGAUUUCUGAUCUGGUGUCAGGAAAAUCUUCUAAUUGACAAUCUCUGGAACGUGUGUGACGCUGCGCAGUCGCACAUAUGCUCCGUUGCAGUCCCAAUACUUCUACACUGCGUCACGCUGGCAGGUGGCGCUGAUGUCCUUUGCGCUCUCGUCAGAGAUAGCUUCCAUCAUGCGGAUGAGCAGAAACGCUUCACUGCCGUCGAACGAGUCACUAUGCUUAUACGAUUUAUGGACGGAUCUCCGGUCAAGACUAGUCUGCCCCUUCAAACUGCUCUUGCGACGGCCUUCUGUUAUCUCAUUUCAAGUAUGGAUGAUAUCAACGUGUACGUGGCACAGCGCGCAACUUUAUAUAUUGGGACGAUACAUGAUAACGCUAUUGAGCUUUUACUGUACUGUUUGGAAACUCAGUUCGACUUGGUGAUAGUAGACAGACCAAUGAUUCUUCAGUCGAUCUACCAACUGCACAACACGCUAAGCGACCGAAGAAUAUUGACUUGGGAAUUCUUCCUGAAUCGCUUUGAAGCGCUAUUUCUUGAGGCACAGAUCAAUUCGAACAAAUCAGUCGACUUCUCGAAUUUACGAGAAUUGGUAAGUAGCUCGACAAGUUCAGAGUGGUUUUUAUACAAAGUGCGACGUGCGCACGAUGCUCUUAGCGCUGCGGCGCGUUCACCUCACAGUACCGCCCAUGGACACGCUCCCGCCCACGGACACGCUCGGUCCCUCUCCGCAUCGUUCGGAGCCAAGUGGCCGUACAAACGGACCAUAUCUGCUCCCGCUGCUGUACCCCCACAACCAGCUGAACGGGAGAAAAUCUACUCUCGUCAGUACUCUGCGCCACUUCUAAAACGCAAAACAUCUCGUUUUGGGCUCGGCCAACUUCUGCCGACACCACAGCAGCGGGUGGAAGAUAGGAACUGUAAUUGUGAUUGCUUUCUUAACCAAAAUCCGAAACCGCUCAUCGCCUUAGUUACUCGACCUUCAGAAAGGAUUAACUCAGUGUCGGGUCGUUCAACAGAAGAGACUGCCAACACGGUGAUGCCCAAAACGGUGGACCUCGAAGAGGCCGACAAGGAGACUACUAACUUAUUGGUCUUUCUUCUAAUGCAGUUCUUAUCCAGGUCGGACCAAGCGCACCCUAGCGACGAAAAGACGAACAACAACAAAACGCAAGACCUAGUGUUGAAACACCUUUUCUUGUUGCUCGGGUACAAUUGCGUUGAGAAGUACUUCACCAUCUCACCCCAAACACUACGGAUGUCGUCCAUUUUUAACGCGUUUAUGGCGAAUUUGCCGCAAGUUCUCGACCAGAAUUAUUUGAUGGGCGCUAGUAUCGCCGAACCAACUCUUUUAUUACUUCAGUACUGCUGCCGCCCGUCUGUGAAUAGCGCGGGGGGUUUUGGGGGUGUGCCAACAGCUGGGUCGCCUAGCAAUCCCGCUGUCACUCAUUCCCUGGAAGCUUUACAGCCUCACGUUCGAAGACAUUGGUUAAUGGCACUCUUGGUGGUUCUUUAUAAGUACCACUACAGCAGUGGCGUGGUCUGCUCGCUGAGUAGUUGGUUGGUGCGUGUCGUGUUAAACUGCGUGGAAGCCCAACACCAUCGUUGUCGUCGCAUACCGCCUCCUCAUCACCGAAUGCAACCUCCUGCACCAGUUUGCGUGCCAGAGACACGUGAAGCGCCAAUGAAGCCCGAAGAGGCAAGUACUGCACAAAAGUCUCCCGCGCAUUGGACCGAACCAACCGAGCCUGUCAAAUAUAAGCAGUGGAGUGUGGAACAAGAAUCUUCCGAAAGCGAGCUGAUCGCAAUUCCGGAGACAAGUGACAAAUCCGACACAACUGUGCAUGGCAGCACCGCGCCGGGCUCCUUCGACGAACCGUCCCACUACGAGGACACGCCCCGAAUAGAAGCACACACUGUCAUCGCCUAUCCGACGCUCAAUAAAAUUCCGCCCAUGGGCUCCCGGUCAGCCCAUCAGCUUUCCACAAGUUCCUCAGUAUCCAUAGGCAGCGAUUCUUCUAAUCUCAAAUCAACGCCCAUGAGCGGUCAGUCCGUGGAGAUAUGGCCCGAUCAGCUGCACCAGACGUCCCCACGCACCAAAAUCCUGGGAAAGCAGAAGAGAAUUGUUGCAGGUAGCAGCACAUCUCCAGACACUUUACCCUCCUCUAACGGAGACGCUAUGCAAAAUCCACAGCUGCUCAAGAGUCCCGGUAUUGCGUACGCAUCGCCCGAGUCGCCACUGUCUAAGAUGGAAGUGGCGUGGGGUGGAGGGGCGACCACCCCACAACCUCCUAUGCCUCAAACCUUUCAUAUUCCAACACCGGCGCCUGAAAGGUUACUUCCAAUAGGCCCUAAACCCAACAAGGAGCAAUAUCCGGUCUUUAACGCGUUGGUGGACAGAGUUCGCGAGGCGCUGAAUAUUCACGAAGAAACUCUACAAACGGAUUCCAGUCGUUCUGACCAAGAAGCCACUCCCACACCCACCUCUCGUCCGCACGACCUCACAAAAGGUCUCUCUUCGGAAAGUACUCGAUCUCCCAGGCGUUUAGCUCGUCAGGUGGCACAGCUAGGGUCGCCUGUACUUCACACUCCGCCACCGACACCGCAGCACACUAGACCUCGCCCACAAUCUACUGAAAGCGGAAUUCACAGCGGUGGUUGGUGGAGCGAUUCGGGACGCGCAGCAAGGCGAGCUGCGCAUGCGCAUACGACACCUUGUAGACCUGAGGCAACACUCAAACAUAGAUGUUCAGAAUGUGGCAGUUCCGUAGAGCAAUACAGCGACGAAGAACUUGGUCUAUGCGUGAUCGUGCUCGGUACUUUUGUGCGACGCGAACCGGCUGCUGCUGCACCUAUGCUGCCCGCGUUGCUGCAUACUGUUACUAGGGUCGUGCAACUGGGCAACUAUUCGUGGCAAACGGAAACCAAUACGCGACUGCCUGGAAGCGCGGUAUUCGUCGCGCAUCAGUUCUUGAGAUGCGUACUUCAUCAGCUCGCACCGAACAAUGUUUUUCUCCAAGUAUUUCUACAACGGACUCCAGAAAAACAACGUAAAGCAUUUUUCAAAAGCGUCGCUCUCUCUUUCGUCGACUUCAACGAGUUGUACCCGUGUGGACCGCUGCAGUUGGUCAUUGAACAUUUAAACUCUAAAAAGACAUUGCCUAUCGAUCAAAUGCCCACAAUAAUGGGGAACAUGGCAUUGUAUUUGGAGAGCUUAGCCCCCGAAGCCCUAGGCCCUCCCAGCGCUUGUAGUGCUGUUCUUAGCGCCCUUGAUACAUUAGUACGAGCAGUGGUGCUUCAGCUUCCUCAGCUCGACGAUGUGCUUCCGCCGCUUAAACUAUGCGCUGCGGCUUUGCGAAUUCCUGCUGCUGCACAACAUAAGAGCCUCUUGGAGCCUAUGUCUAAGAUCUUGAGCUACAGCGUCCAGAACUUCGUCUUACGUCUAUCUCUACUCUGCGAACUGUGCGCAGCUUGUAUGAGGGCCUUCGGACGCGAUCGGGACAAGCUAUUACUGUGUCGCGUUUUGGUUUAUGAGCUCGUGCAAGCACUACGCACGAAGACAACCAUACCCGAUGAUAACCUCUUCAUUUUGAUACAGUUUGUACUACAAGGUCAUGGAUGUACACUACUUCUACCCCCUCAGCUGAAAACAGGCGACCUGUUGUGCGGUGGACAGGAGGCUCGGGAACUCGGUGCUGGUCCUGUGGACUGCAUGAGGCCACAUCUGCCGGAUAUGAUUGAUCUCUUACACGACCCUAACUUGAUGAAUAAGAUUAAAGGUUCUGUAUCAAAGUCAAUAGUGAAUCGUAAUCUAAUAUGCUUGAACGAAGAUACGUUGGGUGCAAUAGUAAAAGGUGGGAUAGCUCAGUAUGUGGCGAUGGAGCUGGCUCUAGAACAGCGAGGAGGAAAGCAAGAACGAGGGCAGGCUAGUCGACACCUUAUGCCACCGCUUACUGCCUCACCUACUGGGUCUCGUGAAGUAGUAGAGUGUGUGGGGCGCGUCCGAGUGGUUUCUUGGCUCGUGCUUGGUGCCCUUACCAAUGCGAGAGACAGCUCGCAUCUACAUCAACCAUUGUCCCUUGAUGCCACUUGCAAUCUUACAGAUCACAUCCAGAUAAUAAUGUCGUCAUACGCUGAGCAAUGCAAGGUGGGUGGGGCACGCAUGAGCUCGCUGUGGCAGGCGUUCAUGCUUUGCCACUUAUGGACCCUGUACCUGGAGCGAGUUAGCAGUUGCGCAGCGCCCGCCACUGAACCCCACCAUACAGCUGCUGCGCUUUUGUUGCACUUUUGGUGUAAGCUCGUGCCGACAUUAUUGCAGCUCACGCACGCUUCUAAACUGUUGGCUGAAACUGUAAAUCUACAUUUCUUGGGCUUGCUCGAAUCGCUGCUGGAGUGCAAUUCCACGUUGUUGAAUAAGCUGCUACCUCUCUGGACACCGCUGCUGCAGUCGCCGCUUUUUAGUAUGCCGCGCCAUGUAUCUGAAAGGCUAGAAGCGUGUCGCGAGCUACAGCCUGACCUAGUCGUGGCCCCUGCGUCCUCAAGUCCCACAGCUGGGAGUGGACCUGUCCAUGCCCUCCCAGCGCGGGAGCAUAGACGCCUGCACAGAUUGCUAUCCAAGAUGGCGCAACUGGAACAACAACCACACUCCUUCUAUUUUAUAUAA